AUGUACAAUAAUAUUGGUCUCAUGACUCCCAGAGGUAGUGGCACCUCUGGAUACGUAUAAAAAAAUCUAGCUCAUAUUAAACCAACAAGGAAGCAAGAUGAGUUUCUUAAAGAAAUUAAGGCUAUGAAAGAAAAUGUUAUAUAAGCAAGAAAGAAGGCAAAUCCAGAAAUCAUUUUACACGAAAUGAAGAGAGACAUUGAAUUGAAGAAAAUUACAUUAUAAGAGGAAUUAGAAGCAAGAGGAAUGCCAGAAGAAGAAAUUUAAUAAAGAGUUUAAAGAUUGGAGGAUAAAUUGAAGGACAUGUUAAAUAAAGGUGAAUAUCAAUUAGAUCAUGUUGCAGAUACUCACAUCAAAACCUAAAAGAAGGAAGAGUAGGAGAAAAAGAUUGGAGAUGCUUUUGGAAUUGAUAAAGAAUAAUUCAAGCCAGGCACAGCUUUUGAUUUUGAUGCUGAAGAGAAAACUAGAUUAGAAAGAAAAGUUGAAAGGGAAAUGAGAAAGGCUGAGCGUUUAAUUUAAUUAAAGGAAUAGAAGAAAGCUGAGAAAAAGAGAUUAAAAGAGCUUGCAUUAUAACAACAAUAAAUAAAAGGAGCUUAAGAGGCUGAUGUCAAAAAAGAAGAAAGUCGUAGUAGAAGUAGAAGAAAAGAAAAAAAGUCAAAGAAGCAUAAGAAAUGAGUAUAGAUGAUCAUUUUAUUAACUUAAUUAUUUCAAAUAUGCAUAGU